AUGGCGCCGCCAAAGAAUGCGCAGGUCGGCGUAAAAGCAGCGUCGACUCCGUCGAGAGACGGAGCAAAUGGAAGCUUGGGGAUAUGGUUGUUAGACACCCUCCUCGCUCUCUCAAUACCCGCUCUCAUCCUCGUCUACCUUGUCGUGGCCCCCCACACCAAAGUCGAGGAGUCCUUCAACAUCCAGGCCACCCACGAUAUCCUCGCAUAUGGAACACCAACAUCCGACAUCUACAACCGCCUCUCGUCCACCUAUGACCACUUCGACUUCCCCGGGGCCGUGCCGCGCACCUUUGUUGGCGCCGUCCUGCUCGCCGGGUUCGCAGACCCCAUCGUGGCCCUGGUCGGCUUCCAGCAUGCCCAGCUUGUCGUGCGCGCCCUCCUCGGCCUUUUCAACGCCGGCUGUCUGCUCUAUUUCGCGCGCAACCUCCGACGUGCGUACGGGCCGGGGCCAGCGAGGUGGUAUCUUCUUCUCCAGGCCAGCCAGUUUCAUGUGCUGUUCUAUGCCUCGCGCACUCUGCCGAACAUGUUUGCCUUUGGACUGACAACCCUCGCCUUCGCCUUCCUCGUCCCCCACCCCACCAACCCCGGGCGCGCCGCUCCCCGCCAGCGCAUGGCCAUCACCACCCUCGUCUUCGCCGCGGUCAUCUUCCGUUCCGAAGUCGCCUUGCUGCUCAUCGCCACGACCCUGCACCAGAUCCUCGUCCCCUGCCUCGACCUCCAGCGCGUGGUCUUCCCGUUCACCGUAUCCUUCAUCAUCGCCCUCGCCAUCUCGGUGCCCAUCGACAGCUACUUCUGGCAGCCCGCUUCCGGCCUGAUCUGGCCUGAACUCGCAGCCUUCCACUUCAACGUCGUCGGCGGCCAUGCUACCGAGUGGGGCAUCGAACCGUGGUGGUGGUAUUUCAAAUCUGCCCUGCCGCGUCUGUUGCUCAACCCGGUCGUGUUCGCUGGGCUGUUGCCGUACGCCCUCUGGUGGCCGUGGCAAACCCCGGGCGUGUCCCGGGCCGCGAGCCGACUAGUGACGCCCUCUGUGUUGUUCGUCGCGCUGUUCUCGUUCCAGCCGCACAAAGAAGCGCGGUUUGUGCUGUACGCUGUACCCCCCCUGACGGCCGCGGCCGCAUUGGGGGCCAACCAACUGUGGCGAAACGCCCAGCUUAGCCUCACGGGCCACGACGAAAAGGAGAAGAAGAAACCUAGCAAGGGUAUCACGGCCGCGCUAUCCCCGCUCGCGGCCCUCGUGGUUAUCCUAUCCAUCCUCGCCUCCAUCGCCGCCAGCGGAGCCAAGCUCGCCCUCAGCGCGCUCAACUACCCAGGCGGCGAAGCCCUCACCCACGUCCGCGACAUUGUCCAGCCGGGCCGGGAAGCCACCACCCCCUACCAACACGGCGAUAUUGUCUCCGUCCACGCCGACGUCCUCGCUUGCAUGACCGGCGUGACCCUCUUCCACACCGGCUCCCACCCAGCUGAUCUCCGUCUACGCCUUCCAGGUCUCGAAACAUCAGACCAAACCACUACCGAGGACAAACCCACCACUAUCAAAAUCCACAACACCAACACCAACACCAACACCAACACCAACAACCCCACCCCCUCUAACGACUCCCACGGCCCUCCCGCAAUCUACCUCGACAAAACUGAAGACCCCACCGUCCUCGCCGACCCCGUCUUCUGGUCCCAAUUCGAUUACCUCCUCCUCCACGACCCGGCAUCCACGCUUCCCAGCGGCCAGAACCAGGCAGCAGGUGUAUGGGAGACUGUCGGGGUUGUACAGGGGUAUGCUGGGGUGGAGGUCUUGCGGCCGGAAUCCACGCCGGCCUCAGACUCUGGUGAAGCGGGCAAGGGCGAUGGGGGCGAUAAGGAUGAGAACUCACCUCCUGUCGUCGGUCUGGGGAAAUGUGUCGCGGAGUGGAAAGAUUGGGCAAGGAAAUACACGGGGGGCUGGUGGGUUGGUCCGCGGAUGGUGGAUCAGAUAUAUAUUCUGCGGAGGGUUCAUGGUCUGGAGCAGGAUAGUGAGGGGGGUGAUGGGAGUGGGAAGGGGAUUGCCGUGGAGAGUAGUUGA